AUGGCCACCCCUGUCCGGAAAUCAUCAUCCUACAGGGAGACUUAUUCGAGCUCGUGCUUUCUUCAUCCUCUAGAUCCCCUAACUACCGAGGAAGUCGAAUUAGCAGCCAAAUUGAUCAGAGAGCAUGCAGGUCCAAAGAAGUUCAAGUUCAACUGCAUCACACUCAAAGAGCCUCUGAAAAGCGAAUAUCUUGAGUUUUGCGCAAACAAUAAUAGGGUGCCUCCCAGAAAGGCAUACGCUAUUCUUGUUAUGAAGGACACAUCAUCAGUCAUUCAGUGUGUAGUAAGCCUCACUCACAAUAUGGGCGAGGUUGUGAGCUGGGAGCAUAUACCGGACGUCGUGCCCAUGUUGACUCCUGAGGACUGUUCUUUCAUCGAAGACAUUGCUCGCUCCGAUGAAACGUUCACCAAGGCGUGCAAUGACCUUGGUAUCACCGACAUGAGUACCGUUUGCAUCGAUGCAUGGUCGAUUGGACACGACCCUCGUUGGGGUCGUGAUCGCCACCUGCAGCAAGGCCUUGUCUACUGGAGGCCGCCGCCUGCUGGUAACCAAUACGCGCAUCCUCUCGAUUUCUAUAUCGUUGUAGAUACUCAAACUCGAGAAAUCCUCUCCAUCGACACGUUUGAUUGUGAAGGUGGUGAGAGGGGAAAGGUCCCGCCAAUCUGUCACAACUAUCGGAAAGAACUUUUACCCAACAUGAGCAGAGUCAACCGACUAAAACCGAUUGAGAUUUCCCAGCCAGAAGGUGUCUCAUUUCAACUGACAGGGAAUCGAAUUUUGUGGGCAGGGAUCUCCAUGCAUAUCGGGUUCAAUUACCGAGAGGGCAUAGUCUUGUCCGAUAUCCGCAUACAAGACCAGACGGAGCACAAGGAACGCACAGUCUUCUAUCGCAUCAGCUUGGCAGAAAUGGUGGUACCGUAUGCACAUCCUGGAUUCCCCUUGAAUCGCAGACAUGCCUUUGAUGUUGGUGAAUAUGGGCUAGGCUUUUCAACAAACUCGUUAAAGCUAGGAUGUGACUGCAAAGGAUCUAUCAGAUACCUGGAUGGAGUUUUACCGACAUCUGAAGGGAGCACGUCCACCAUCAAGAAUGCAAUCUGCAUCCAUGAAGAAGACAACGGUAUCUUGUUCAAACAUUCGGAGCCUAGAGACCAAAGCACGGUUUUGUGUCGCGAUCGCAAGCUCGUCAUUUCCCAAAUUGUCACAGUAGGCAACUACGAAUAUGCUUUGUACCAUAACUUCACCUUGGAUGGUACCUACGAAUUCAAGGUGAAACUUACGGGGAUCCUCAAUACUUCCAACUCGAAAGAGACAAUGCCAAGAUACGGAACCAAAGUCUCAGAUUCCGUGGUUGCACACAACCAUCAGCACAUCUUCUCUCUCAGAGUGGACCCAGCCAUCGAUGGGCCCAACAACUCCGUGUCUCAGUGCGAUGCUGUAGCUGGCACCGUGUCUCCAACGACUCAAGCUGACCCACUUGGAAACGCAUUUCAUAGUCAAACUACCAUUCUCAAAGAAGCCCAGGGAGUGGACUACUGCCAUGCGUCAAGUCGGACAUGGGAUAUUAUCAACCCUAACAACAUUAAUCCAACCUCGGGCAUGCCAGUGUCCUACAAAAUCGUGAACAACCAAUGUCCUGCACUGUUGGCGAGGCCAGGAAGCAUUAUUGCAGAACGUGCAGCAUUUGCCCGUCACAGCCUUUGGGUCGUCCCUUACCGAGAUGGCGAACUUUUUCCUGCUGGUAGAUUCGUGCCCCAGUCAGGCGGAAAAGGAAUGAACCCUCAUAAUAAUGGCGUUACUGACUGGGUUGAUGACAAGGGCUGCAUAGAAGGAACAGAUAUCGUCUGCUAUAUCCAAUUCGGUGUCACGCAUUUUCCUCGCCCUGAAGAUUUCCCCAUCAUGCCGGCAGAGGAUGUCAGCGUCGUGCUACGAGCGAACCACUUCUUCUCAAGCAACCCAGCUUUGUGGGUUCCCCAGUCAUCGAAUUAA